AUGCUUGCUUAUCCGUCUUGCGCGGGAGAGCUGUACGAUUACGGUCAUGGUGACUAUCACGUGAUCUAUGGUCACGAGGAUCAUGGCCUUUUCCGAAACCUAAUUGGCGCUAAGUUAGCGCCUCCCCGGAUUCGAGAUCAAGAUUGCCCCGGCCGAGAAACCCAGAAAAUCGAAACGGCCGAGGGAUCUUCCUCGCAACGAGCGUCUAUCCAACCUAUGAAGCCGCCUCGCGCGACGCCCAUCAUCGGUUCACCUAUCUAUCGCAUCGCAUCUGGAUGUCAUCGCAAUUACCAUGAGGUUUACAGCACCUUCGCAGCUGCUCUCUGUGAGGGUGUCGUUGCCCUCAUCUAUUGCUCUGUCCCCGAGACUCCCACGCACACGCACCGAGAAGAAGAAGCCGUUAUGGCAUCAACAGCCAAUGCAGUUCCCGAUACCCAGCUCGGUCUGACCAACGAUGAGAUUACUCUCCUGCGGCAUCACCAACAGCAAGCUGCCGCAUCUGGGGGAUCCUCCCGUGCAGCCUCCCGCGCAUCCUCACAGGGACUUCUACUGCUCGACGGCACCUCCCUUACCGCUCUCGGCCGGCAUUUUGAUCGAUUGAUGCAACAGAUCCAAGAACGACUCGACUACCUGUCUGAGCAGUCGCAGAUGGUGGCUCAGCAACAGUACGACAGGGCUGGCAAUGCGAUCGCCGUUGCGGACUCGGAGAUUGCCCGGUUCCACGACAUCUUGAGGCAGAUCGACGAGUUAGAGGUGGACUUUGACAGGAUAAAACACAUCAGAGAUAUUGUGAGGGGCUAUCGGCAGAGGGUGGAACAGAUGGAGCAGCAGAUGGAACAGAGUGGUUCUGGUGGCCGACAUAGGUCUCGUCACCACGGAGAGAACUCCGGAAGCUCGAGUAGGCGGCACAGGAGAUAA